ACGCGACAGCCAGAAGCAACCCCUUAAUAAUCCCAACCGACGGGCUGUCUUUUCUUGCGCACCCAUCCCCAACCCGACACCACCGCCCAAGCCGCAACCGAAAAAUCACACACCACCAUGAAGACACCAUCAACCUGGUGGCCCGCCAUCCUCCUCCUCUCCCCUACCGCAUCCGCAAUCACAACCACCCCCUCCGCACCAGCCGCAGCCGCAGCAGCAGCGGCGCCCGCCCCCCUAACAUGCGACAACAUCCUCGUCCCCGCAGCCAACAACAACGCCAACAGCAAGGGAGAGGGGGAAGAAAAGGAGCAACAUAAGUAUGACCUGCGCGCGCUGGCGGGGCCGCACGCCGUCGUCACCCACGAGUUCACGCGCCCGACGUACCACAAUACGACGUACGCGAUCGAUUUGUGCGCGCCGCUAAAGAGGAAGGGCGAGGUGGAGCCGGGGGAGGCGUGUCCUGAUGGGACGAGAGUGUGCGCGAUCAAACACCGCUGGGACCACAAGGAGGAUAAAUCCGCGGGCAUCGACCAGGUCAUCCCCAUCGUGGUCGGCGACGAGGACAAGGCGAUAACGUGGAGCGCGAAGCAACUGCCGAAGACAGGGGCGCAAAAGGGCGGCAAGAAGGAGGGCCUGCGGCUGACGCUGCAGGGGCACACGUCGUACCAGGAGCGGGCGCAGCGUACCGUCGUCGAGUUCAGGUGUAACCCCGACCUGGAGGGGACCGAGAACGAGUGGGAGAGCGUGGAUGUGUACGAGCCGGGUGAGGAGAAGAAGAGUGCGCGGCGGGCGGAGGAGGGAGAGAAGAAGGACGGUGAUAAGGAGGGGGACAAGAAGGGUGAUGGCGAGGGCGAUAAGAAAGACGACAAGGGGGACGACAAGGGGGAUGAUGACGAGGAGAAGAGCACGCCCGAGAAGCAGCUCAAGAAGGACGGUGCGGCGCUCGUGUGGGAGGGCUACAAGCGGGAGAGCGAGGACGGCGUGGAAGUGGACACGCUGUAUCUGACGUGGUACACCAAGCAUGUGUGCGAUUCGGCGGUGGAUGAGCCGGAGCCCGCCAAAGAGAGCUCGCAUUGGGGGUUCUUUACCUGGCUGGUCAUCCUGGUCUUCCUCGCGACUGCAUCCUACCUCAUCUUCGGCUCGUGGCUCAACUACAACCGGUACGGCGCACGCGGCUGGGAUCUGCUCCCGCACGGCGACACGCUCCGCGACGCCCCCUACCUGAUGAGGGACCUUAUUCGCAAGGCGCUCAACACACUGCAGAGCACGGGUAGUCGCGGUGGGUACUCGGCUGUCUAGGCGGGCAGUCGGCUUCUAAGAGUGGAUGGUCUACCGAAGCUAGGAUCACGCUGAAACAUUUCGUUGCCGGGUACAGAUUAGACAUGCUCGUAUAGUUUUGCGGUUGUUAUUGAGUUGGAUGAUAGCGCUGGGUUUGUGCUAGGUUCCAUUGGGGGGGUCGGACAUGGCAUGGUCACGUCAUAGUUGGCACUCGAGGCGUUGGGGUUUGUCUGUUGGUGCGUCGCUGACCCGGUAGUUGUAUCAUUAAGUGUAGCUUGUAAGGAUACAGCGUUCUCACCCCUUGGGUGCCAGGGUGCCUCGCUGGUCCUCGGUUCUGCUGUGUAUGUACAUACACAGUAAGUGGUGGAGAAGAAUCCGGGGGUGGGGCCGUUCAAUCACC